AUUGAAUCCUUUCUUUUCCUUCUAUCUUUUCCAACUUUCUCCAAGCGCCGCUGUUGCUGGACGCUGUGAGCAGGCCUAUUUUCAAUAAAAACAAAAAACACCCCCCAAAAAAAGAGGAACUUUGAAGUUCGAACUUUGUUCAAGACCCAAUUUCAAUUCCAUCCCCCCUUCACCCACUGGCUGGGAACUUGUAUUUUGUUGAUUCCACUCUCGCUUAUUCUCUUUCCUUUUCUCUGCUGUCGCAGACACUUUCGUUUUCGAGCCCGAUACAUUUGCGUUUGGCAAUUGGCAAUUGGAUUGAAUCCCACUUUUGUCUAUCCAGUUUCGGAGCAGUUUUGAAUCGCUCUAUCUCCGGAUCUGUGCUGCACUAUAAGCGCUGUUGAACUCCGAUAUAUACCUAGGUAUAUCGUUUUAUUGACAAACCCAUCCCAAAAUGGCAACCCCCUCUACGCGCCUGGGACCUGAAACAGACAUCAGCCGUCGCACCUCCCUCGGUUUUCUUCGUCGUUCUAAAUCCACCGAACCCCUAGGCGAACACAAAUCUUCCCGCAAAAAGAUGUCCAAAACUCAAAUGGAAGAUGAGAUGCGUCGUCAGCGCGAGUCUUAUGCCCCUAAAGUCCCUCCCCGCUUGCCUGAUCUUUCCCCCGCCCCGCAACUGGAAACUUUUGGAGGUGAGGAACGUGAGAAGGUCGCCAACCCAAUCCCAAUCCGUCCACAGUCCGGAAUUCCCGCAUCGCCCUCUAUGACUGGGUCAAUCAGCAAUGUCGAUCCCUAUGCGCGCACUGAGAGCAUGACCCAUCGUGGCCGAUAUAGCUAUGCUAGUAGUGCUGUCAGCACUGUGAACAGCCCCCGCCGUGUGCGCCGUCGCAAGGACCCCACCUCAUACAAUGUGCUUGUCAUCGGUGCUCGUAACUCGGGGAAAACGUCAUUCCUCAACUUCCUCCGCAGUGCUCUGACCAUGCCCGCACACAAGCACCCCUCGCGCACCCCUGAGGAGGUCGAAGAGCUCGAGCGUCAAACCUCAGCCUGGGAAGGAUUCACGUCGCAAUAUCUGGAAACGGAGUUCGACGGAGAACGUGUCGGACUUACCCUAUGGGACUCUGUAGGUCUUGAGCGGAACAUCGCAGAUCUUCAGCUACGUGGCGUGACAGGCUUCCUGGAGAGCAAGUUUGAGGAGACCCUCGCCGAGGAGAUGAAGGUUAUCCGUUCUCCCGGUGCCCGCGAUACCCACAUUCACUGCACUUUCCUACUUCUGGAUCCUGUGCGUCUUGAUGAGAACAUCGCCAUGGCCGAGCGUGCUGCCAAUGGCACGUCCAAGGCCACUGAUGCGCCCGUGGUUGGGAUUCUGGACGAGAAUCUGGAUAUCCAGGUGUUGCGCACGGUGCUGGGCAAGACCACUGUCGUGCCGGUUAUCAGCAAGGCGGAUACAAUCACCUCCGCCCACAUGAACUACCUCCGCAAGGCGGUCUGGAACAGCCUGAAGCAGGCCAAUAUCGACCCCCUUGAGAUCUUGACAUUGGAGGACCAGGAGGAAGAAUACUCGUCGGAAAGUGCGGAUGAAGAGGAAAUCCUGGAGCUUGAGACCAAACCCGAGUCGACCGAGACUGGAGAUGCCAGCGAAGCUAAAGAAUCUGAGACCGCAACCGAAAAUGUCCCCAGCUCGCCCUCGCAGCUCAGCCAGGCCACUCGCCGGUCCAACGCGUCGCAGGCCAUCAACCAGCACGUUCCGUUCUCGAUUCUGUCCCCGGACCCUCACUCGCUGGCCGCUGGAGACCAACCCGUCGGUCGCCGAUUCCCCUGGGGCUUUGCUGAUCCAUAUGACGCCGAGCACUGUGACUUUGUUCGCCUGAAGGACUCCGUCUUCUCCGAUUGGCGCUCCGAGCUGCGGGAGGCCAGCCGUGUGGUCUGGUAUGAGCGCUGGAGAACCAACCGCCUCAACCGCAACGGACAGCCCGCGCCCGCCCAGAAGCAAAACUACGGUGGCCGUCAGGGACCUCAUGACGGCCGUCGCACGCGAUAAACGGGUUGUCUCCCCUUCCUUCUGUUCCCAUAGCUUUCUCUUCCAGCACAUACCCCCAUUCUUCGCGGCCUGGCACCUCGCAAGGCUUCUUUUUAUGUCAUACCUUCUGCUUUUUCUCUUCUGACAAAAUGUUUCGAAAUCCGGAACCUGUACUAGUCCUGUUCAUCUAUUGUUUGCACGGUAAUUUGAUAGUUUAUCUUGAAUGCUGCGUAAUUCCAAG